AUGUCAACGACAUCGGAACAUCCGCUUCAAGAAAAGGACUCUAGCGAGACGCCUUCACCCUCUACCCAAAGUGCCAAUUACGAGACCAAAAGCGUGGCUUCGCGACGGUCUCAAUCUAGUAAACAUUCUUCUGUUGUCUCAGAGGCACUGCGUGCCCGUGCCAACGCUGAGGCAAGUAAGGUAAGGUUAGAGUUCGCACGUAAAGAAGCCGAACUACAGAAACAAAGGGCUGCUCAGGAUGCCGAGCUUUUUGUAUUGGGAGCAGAAAGAGAUGCUGCUAUGGCCGAAGUACAAGUCUCGGUUUUUGAAGAAGGACUUGAAGACUUCGGGGAGUCUGUGAAGAGUGUGGAUUUAGUUCUUCCACAAAAGGACUCUAGGGAACGUGUGGAAGAAUUUUUGUUAUCUUGUGAUGCAAUUAAGAAUGUAGAUGGUAAUGUUCAAGCAAAUAUUAACAAAAUCUCCCACAAGACACACCCUAUUUCCUCCCAACAUCCCGAAGAAAUGGUAAUGGAUCAAGAAGGUGAAAUGCAAACAGAAUGUAAUACAUCCCCUAAUGUUGUUCCUACUUGCUCCCCUCUGCCUCUUGAAAUGGAAAAUGGUCAAAAGGGAUCAAAGGUUGUAGAUAAUGCCUCUAAUGUAGUUCUUACUACUCCUUCACAUGUAGAAACUGUAGUUGGAAUUUCUGAUUUAAGUAACAUGUUGCUGAAGAAAGAAUUGAUAACUAGUGGCUUGAGAAAAUUUAAUGAUCAUGCAUUUAGUUACAGGUCUUGGAAAGCCUCUCUCAAACAAGUAACCACAGAGCUUAAGUUGAAGCCCUUUCAAGAGAUGGAUUUGAUAAUUAGGUGGUUGGGCAAGGAGUCUUCCCAGUUGGUCUCAGCUAUCUAUGACAUACAUGUUGAUAAGCCAAAGAUUGGUCUUGAUAGAAUGUGGGAACUCUUAGACAGGAAGUAUGGGUCCCCAGAGGCAAUUGAACAGGAUCUUCAUCAAAGGAUUGAAGACUUUCCCAAACUAACACAAAAGGACUAUGAAAAGCUAGAGCAGUAUGGUCAUUUGCUCUUAGAGAUUGAGUAUGCCAAAGAUAAUGGAAAUUUCCCAGGGUUGUUGCAUUUGGACUCGGCAAGAGGGUUACAUGGAUUGGUCCAGAAGCUGCCACAUAGCCUCCAAGAGAGAUGGGUAAUGGAGGGCUCUCGGUACAAGGAGAGGAACCAUGUGACCUUCCCGCCUUUCAAGGUCUUCAGCGAGUUUGUCCGCUAUCAGGCAAAGAUUCGGAAUGACCCUAGCUUCAUAAUGCCUCGUGACACAAAGCAACAGGAUGUUACAAGAAGAAUGGUCAGUGUCAGAGCUACGGAUGUAAAGACUGUUAGUUCUACAGCAUCAAAGGUCUUUUGCCCCAUUCACAAGAAGAAUCACUCAAUCUUAGAGUGCAAGGCAUUUCUUGCGAAAACAGUUCCUGACAAGAAGACUGUCCUCAAACAAUACCAACUUUGUUAUAGGUGCUGUUUUCCAGGACACGCAGCACGAGAGUGUAAAGCUGAGGUUAAAUGCGACUCGUGUGGUAGCCAACGCCACCAAACAAUUCUACACUAUGAGUAUCGCAAUGACUCACCAAAGAGUUCGCAGAAAGCUGUAGACACCCCUCCAUCCCAAAUUACCAAUGCAUGCUCCAAAGUGCAGGGUACAAGAUGCAUCGGUAGCAGAUCUUGUGCGAAGAUUGUUCCUGUCUUCGUCAGGUCAAAGAGGGAUCAGAAGGUUGUCAAGACGUACGCCAUCAUAGAUGAUCAAAGCAACAAGACCAUAGCUACAUCGCAACUUUUAGACAAGUUUGAUAUUGACUAUGGUAGGGUAAGUUACACUCUACGCACUUGCAGUGGAGAAGUGUCAGCUCAAGGAAGGUAUGCUGAUGAAUUUGUGGUAGAGGAUCUAAAUGGCACUGUCUGUUUGAGUUUGCCAACGGUCACUGAGUGUGCUUACAUCCCUGAUUUCAAAGAUGAUAUUCCAACACCUGAGAUAGUUCAAGCAUAUGAUCAUCUAAAAGGCAUUGAGAUUCCAGAGAUUGAUCAUGAAUGCACAGCAACUCUUUUGAUAGGAAGGGACGUGAUGGAAGCACACCAUGUCCUAGAUCAAAGGAUUGGGCCUCCUAACUCGCCGUUCGCACAAAGGCUGAAGCUUGGCUGGGUUAUCAUUGGUGACGUAUGCCUUCAAGGGAUUCAUCGGAGUGACAAGCACUCGAAUAGGAUUUCCCUGUUGCGUACUCGGGUGCUCUCUACAGGACGGCCUACAUACCUGGAACCCUGUCCAAAUGAGUUCCAAAUGAAACACUUGUUUGACAAUGAGGACGAUACCAUGAGUCUGGCUAUAGAGGAGCAACGGUUUGUAGAUCUUAUGGUGGAAGAGGCAGGCCUAAAGAAUGGAAAAUGGACAGCUCCGUUGCCCUUCAAGCAGCCGAGAGAUCGUCUGCCUAACAAUCGUCAACAAGCUUUCAAAAGAGCGCAGAUUCUCAAAGCGAGCAUGGAAAAGAAUCACCUCAAAAGAGAGCACAUGACCACAUUCAUGGCAAAGGUCUUAUCUGAAGGCCACGCGGAGGUGGCUCCCUCUCUGCAAGAAAACGAAGAGUGCUGGUACCUGCCAAUGUUUGGGGUGUAUCACCCAAGAAAGAAAGACAAAAUCAGAGGCGUCUUUGAUUCUUCGGCGGAGUUCAUGGGACACUCUUUGAACAAGGUUCUGUUGAAAGGUCCAGACCUUACCAACGAUUUGGUUGGGGUGUUGAUGAGGUUUCGGCAAGGACCGGUUGCAGUCUGCGGGGACAUUGAGUCGAUGUUCUACUGUUUUUCAGUAUCCGAAGAACACAGGAAUUUUCUCAGAUUCUUCUGGCACGAAGACAAUGAUUUUGCCAAACCCCUCACGGAGUAUCGUAUGCUGAAGCAUGUGUUUGGCAACACUCCAUCUCCAGCUGUAGCGAAUUAUGGUCUGAGGGACCUAACCAGUGACGCUGAACCAGACGUUAGGGACUUUGUUCACAACAAUUUCUAUGUGGAUGAUGGACUCGCUGCAUGUGAUGACAGCAACACAGCUGUUUCACUCAUGGAACGAACACGAGCCAAGCUAAAGGAGAAAGCUGGUAUUCGCCUGCACAAAAUUGCAUCCAACUCUCAAGUAGUACUCGAUGCCUUUGAGCCAGAGGAGGUUCAGAAGGAUAUUAGGAACCUCACGCUGAGUGAUGGGGCCCCUACACAAAGGAGUUUGGGUGUUCAGUGGAAUUUGAAGGACGACACCUUCAUUUUCCAAAUCGAGUUAGCGGCAAGACCCUACACAAAACGAGGAGUUCUGUCUAUGAUCAAUGGCGUGUUUGAUCCUCUGGGUUUCCUUGCCCCGGUCAUGGUACAAGCAAGAGUCCUGUUCAGAGAAAUGACUACUCACCAGGUGGAUUGGGAUGACAAGCUCCCUGAAAUGUACAAGUCCGUCUGGGAGUCUUGGACCUCUGGGCUAUCUGAGCUGCAAUCAGUGUCAGUUCCUCGCAACUACCCCAUCUGCCUAGAGAAUGGUGUCUUGAAUGUCUAUUGUGAUGCAUCCGAAGUCGCGGUUGCUGCCGUCGCAUACUUGAUAGAUGUGGACCAAGAGAAACCCAGUGCGAGUUUUGUCUUUGGAAAGUCGAAGCUAGCUCCAAGAUUAGGUCACACCAUACCAAGACUGGAGCUCUGCGCUGCAGUCUUAGGAACAGAAAUAGCCAGAAUUGUGUGUAGAGAGUUGAAUAUUCAGGCUUCGACUGUGGUUUUUCACUCCGACAGUAGGAUUGUUCUUGGGUAUUUGAAUAACACAGUCAGAAGAUUCCAUACCUAUAUAGCGAACCGGGUUCACAAGGUUCUUAGUUUCUCCCAACCCUCACAAUGGAGGUAUGUGCCUACAUCCAAUAACCCUGCUGACUUUGGUACCCGUCCGGUUUCAGCUCGGUCUCUGAAAGACUCUCCAUGGCUUAUUGGUCCGCAGAAGCCAGCUACUCAAGAAGUAGAGGAUCCUGUAUCGGAAUUCCCACUGGUAGAUCCCGACCGAGAUGAAGAAAUAAGACAUGAUGUGAAAAUCCAGGUCACAAAAACCAAUUUGGAGUUGCGAAGACUUGUUUCACGGUUUGAAAAGUUCUCAACAUGGAACAGCCUAGUUAGAGCUUUCGGUCUACUUGUACACAUUGCUUGUUCGUUCAGCUCUAGGAGCGGCAACGGUCGGUGCCAUGGCUGGCACGUUUGUGGUGCUACAGACGUAGAGCUCGUACGUCGUGUCAAGACAAUGAUAGUGAAGGAAGUACAGGAGCAGUUCUUUCACGAAGAAUAUGAAUGUCUCAGAGAGGGUGUGCCUCUACCCUCUAACUCCACUAUCCGGGACUUAUCACCCAUCCUGAAUCAAGACGGUUUGAUAUGCGUUGGUGGGCGCUUGAGGAAGUCCUCGCUUCCAGUGGUGAUGAAGCAUCCGGUGCUGAUACCAGGAAAGAGUCACAUUGCCAAACUUCUUGUACUACACUAUCACAAUAAUGGGCAUUCUGGCAGACAGUUGACAGAAGGUGCUUUGCGGGACGCGGGCUUUUGGAUAACUGGGGGCAAGAGAGUUAUAUCGUCUGUUAUCCAUCGUUGUGUGAACUGCCGUAAACUCAGAGGUAAGACCGCGCUCCAACGCAUGGCUGAUCUUCCCCAGGAGCGUCUGAAGGCUGGACCUCCUUUUUCACAGGUUGGCGUAGACUGUUUCGGGCCUUGGGAAGUGGUCACCAGAAAGACCAGAGGAGGUGCUGCUCAAAGCAAGAGGUGGGGAAUGAUAUUCUCCUGUCUCACUUCUAGGGCUAUUCAUAUCGAAGUUCUUGAGGAAAUGAGCACUUCGUCAUGCAUCAACGCACUUCGACGAUUUAUGGCUGUACGAGGCAAGGUUGAGACUUUUUGGUCCGAUAGAGGAUCAAACUUUGUGGGAGUGUUGAACGACAAGGUGUUUCAUACUUAUCUGGAGAGGAACGACACCGAAUGGAAGCUAAAUCCUCCCCAUGCCCCUCACAUGGGAGGAGUCUGGGAGAGAAUGAUUGGUUUGUUCAAGGGAAUUCUUAAUGGUAUCUUACUCGAGGCAAAACAGAGGGACCUUACACACGAGACUUUGGCCACCUUCAUGAUGGAAGCUAUGGCUAUUGUCAAUGCUCGACCUCUCGUCCCAUUGAGCUCUGAUCCAGAAGACACUUCCUUCCUCUCACCAUCUAUGCUUUUGACUCAGAAGCAUGGGAGCAUAGAAGAGGUACUUGUCGAAGAUUGCACCCGUAACAUGUACAAGGCUCAAUGGAAAAGAGUGCAAAUUCUAGCCGACCGGUUUUGGAAACAGUGGAGACUGCGCUACCUGCAAAGUCUUCAGCAGAGGCGCAAAUGGAUAAGCACGGAAAGGAAUGUCAAGAAAGGUGACAUAGUGUUGUUGAGAGACAAGGAGGUCAAAAGAAACCUUUGGCCUUUGGGCAUCAUUGAGAGUGUUAGUCCUGGAGAUGAUGGUUUGGUUCGUCAAGUGCAAGUUCGUCUGCCCUCGACUGGAAAAACCUUUUGCAGACCGAUUCAUGAGUUGAUUUUGUUGGUCGAGGCGGAAUAGAUACCUGUUCUCACUCCAAUCUUGGCAUGCUUGGACUUAAGUUAUUUGUGGAAAAUCUUGUACAAUUUUACAGUUUAUGGGCGGUGAUAUUUUAGCAAUUAUUGCUCUGUCAGUUUUAACGUCUAUUGGACGUUGGGGGGAGUGUGCUGCACGCGAUUAAAUAUAAUCUGUUCACUUGGCUUUCCAUAGUCAGAAACAAUGGCGCUCCUUUUGAGCGAACUAUCCUAUUUUCUCAAGCCACAAGUUUCGUAAAGUUUCUUAAAGUAUGGUUAUUAUAUCAUGUUUAAACUGGUUCUUGAAGGUUUAGGAUCGAGGUCUACUGCCUGAUGAUUUCGUUUAUAGGAGACAAGCGACAGAGAUUCAUGGGUUACAAUCCGAUUACGUCAGAUAGAUAGCUUGGAAGUGCACAAGUCUGUAAGUUCAUUUUGUUGAAUAGACAUGUAAGGACAGGAUAUAAGUCUACAUAAUUUUAGACUGGGAAACUGCCUUUGUAAGAAUGUUGUAUGAUAUACAAUGCUUUGUUCCUAAGUAUGGCAAGCCGUUUGCAGACCUCUAAAAUGGUCAGGUUUUGUAUAGGUACAGUCAUUACUAAAUAUUGUUGCAGUAAUUCUCAUUAUAACUUGAGCAUUAUUCCAUAAAUCUUGAAACUGAGAAUCUAUUGUUUGUUGUGAUUUUAAGGUGCAUCUGGUAGAAACUUUGAACAUAAAGGGAUUCACCUAUUAAAGUAAAUGUACGUUAGUAUUUUAUGUACUUACCUGUUUGGAUUAUGAUUGAUUCAUAAGUCUGAAUCUGCCUAGUUGGACUGUUGAGAACAUAGUUUGUUCUAUUAUGAUCUUUUACAUGUAUAAUUGAUGCGAUGUUAUCAUUCAUUGUAUUUUACAGUUUUACCACAUUCAAGACGUUAUGCCGAAGUAAGGCUUGAAUAAAGACUAGAGUACAACCUUUCAA